AUGGCCUUGGAGGGCCGUCAUAAAUUUGGAUAUCUGACAGGUGAAAUACCAAAACCAAGUAUCGGUGAUCCCCAAGAGCAAAUGUGGAAAGGAGAGGAUUCUUUAUUGAGGUCGAUUUUGAUUGGAAGUAUGGAACCUCAGGUCCAUGAAUACAAACAAGGAACGAUGGACGUUACUUCUUACUUUAACAAGCUAUCUCUGUUGUGGCAAGAGAUAGAUUUGUGCCGUGAGAUGAUUUGGAAUUGUUCGUGUGGAGGAGUGUUACAUUAUCAGUCUGAAGAAACGGAUCGCGUGUAUGACUUUCUUUCAGGACUCAACUCUAAAUUUGAUACAGUACGCAGUUGUAUAUUGGGGACCAGACCUAUACCAUCCCUAAUGGAAGUUUGUUCUGAAGUUCGCUUGGAGGAAGAUAGGUCGAAGGCCAUGAACAGUACACUUGUAACACCAACAAAUUCAACUGUUUUCAAAACAUCAGGCCCUGUACAAGAUAAACAGAACACUAAGCCGCCCCUAGUGUGUGAACAUUGCAAAAAACCUGGCACACUAAAGAUCAGUGCUGGAAACUUCACAGUUGACCGCCAAAUGGAUCUGAACUCGGGGAUGACGAUUGGCACUGCCCGGCAUGAUAGGGGACUCUAUUUUCUCACUGAAGAGGAUAUGUGA